AUGAGUUGUUCAAUGAACUACAAUUGUUGUCAAGAAUCAGGUCUCUGUCCAAAGAACGCAACAUGCAAACCAAUCAACUCGCUCCAACAGCCCUGGAAACGUUUUACCUGCGAAUGCCCGGACGGUUACCAUGGUUAUUUUGAUUCUGAUGGUGCUUGGACUUUGGUUCAUUCUUGCAGCUUUGCAAAUGGACUUUAUAAUCAGUUAAAAAAAUCUUUAUCUCAAAAUUUACAUGUCGGCGGAAAUGCUCUAGUAUGGAGGGGCUAUCGGCUUAGGAAAACAAGAAUGGAAUCUAUCAAAAAGAGUUCAAAUUUCCUGCAGUUUACCUGUGACUAUGAAAAACACCGUGAUGGGGAAAAAUUGGAUUAUGUUCAAAUUCGGCUUGGAAAUAUAAGCGGCGAUGUGCUUGAACUAAACAACGAUCAUACUUCCUACGUUACUGUUGGCGAAGGAUAUGGUAAAAUUGAAAGAUAUGAUUUAAAUGGUUGUCAAGUUAAGCUUCAUCAGAGACCGAACAGGCCCUUGCAUGUCCAUGUUAGGCAUGCAAUUGCUGACAGUAAAUGUAAGGUCAGUGCCAACGAUUCGUCUUGUACAGACAAAGACAAGUAUUUUGACUGCUAUACUUCUCCGUCUGAAUGUGUUAAAAAAGUACAUCGUUGUGUACAGAAUGCUAAUUCCACGACUCAGCUUUGGUUUGGCAUGCGUAAGGAUAACGCAGCACAACUACCUCCUUUAGAUGGUAAAACUUCCGGCCGUUCCGUUGAAAGUUACACCGUUAAUUAA